CCCCACUGGUCCGGCCCGAGGGACAAGGGGCAAGAAGUGGUUUCCCGAGAAAGCGGCCGAAGGCCAUUCGGUUCCUGGGUCUUCCCAGCUCGCAGAGACCCGGAGACGCCGCCCGGCCACCUGGCCCUCUUCAGAUCCCCCGGCACGGAGGAGCAGCGAGAGGGCCGCGUCCAGGCCGGCGUUCACGUUAGCUUCGGCGAGUUGAGCGCUUUUGCUCCUCCCAGAAGGCGGCCUCGGGUCCCGGGCCCAGCCUUGCCCUGGAGGCGUUCAGGCGGCGCCCGGCCGGGUUCCCAGCCGCCUGGGCUCGCCCAUAGGCCCAGAGCGCCACGGCCCGCCUAGGCCAGACCGGCGCGGAACCGGGGGCGGAGCCAGCGGGUUCGCGCCAAAAUAGCGUAGCUGGUCCUUCCCCCGCGGGCUACGUCGCGCCCUCUUUUUUUUUUCAAACCCGGAGCUGGACGGGGAUUGGUGGACUGGGAAAUCACGUGGUUAACGGUCGCGGGAAGCCGCGGAGCCCGAACCUGAGACUGGACCUGAGGAGACCUCAGCUUCGGUGCUCGGGCCGCCCCUCCUCAGCCGGACUGUCCGCGCCGCCGUCGCCGCCACCGCCACCGCCCGCAGCCCGAGUGCCCGGGAGCCGCGGCUACUCGCCGCGAAGAGACGCCGCGGCCGGGCGCGCCUAGCUGCACGUGGCGGACCCGCCCCCUGUCCCGCCGUGUCCCGGACCCCGCGGGCCUCCGCUCUCCAGUCCUCGGCCCCGGCCCCAGGGCCGCGAUGAGCUUCCUGAGCCGCCAGCAGCCGCCGCCGCCCCGCCGCGCCGGGGCCGCCUGCGCCUUGCGGCAGAAGCUGAUCUUCUCGCCCUGCAGCGACUUUGAGGAAGAAGAGGAAGAGGAGGAGGAGGAGGGCAGCGGCCACAGCACCGGGGAGGACUCGGCCUUCCAGGAGCCCGACUCGCCGCUGCCGCCUGCGCGGAGCCCCAUGGAGCCUGGGCCCGAGCGCCGCCGCUCGCCCGGCCCGGCCCCAGGGAGCCCCGGCGAGCUGGAGGAGGACCUGCUGCUGCCCGGCGCCUGCCGGGGCGCGGACGAGGCGGGCGGCGGGGCGGAGGGCGACUCGUGGGAGGAGGAGGGCUUCGGCUCCUCGUCGCCGGUCAAGUCGCCGGCGGCCCCCUACUUCCUGGGCAGCUCGUUCUCGCCCGUGCUCUGCGGCGGCCCGGGGGAUGCGUCGCCGCGGAGCUGCGGGGCGCGCCAGGGCCCCUGCUCGCCGCGGCCCGACCACCCGGGCACCCCGCCGCACAAGACCUUCCGCAAGCUGCGGCUCUUCGACACCCCGCACACGCCCAAGAGUUUGCUCUCCAAAGCUCGAGGAAUUGAUUCCAGCUCUGUUAAACUCCGGGGUAGUUCUCUCUUCAUGGAUACAGAAAAAUCAGGAAAAAGGGAAUUUGAUGUGCGACAGACUCCUCAAGUGAAUAUUAAUCCUUUUACUCCGGAUUCUGUGUUGCUUCAUUCCUCAGGACAGUGUCGUCGUAGAAAGAGAACAUACUGGAAUGAUUCCUGUGGUGAAGAUAUGGAAGCCAGUGAUUAUGAGCUUGAAGAUGAAACAAGACCUGCUAAGAGAAUUACAAUUACUGAAAGCAAUAUGAAGUCCCGGUAUACAACAGAAUUUCAUGAGCUAGAGAAAAUUGGCUCUGGAGAAUUUGGUUCUGUAUUUAAGUGUGUGAAGAGGCUGGAUGGAUGCAUUUAUGCCAUUAAGCGAUCAAAAAAGCCACUGGCUGGCUCUGUUGAUGAGCAGAACGCUUUGAGAGAAGUAUAUGCUCAUGCAGUUCUUGGACAGCAUUCUCAUGUAGUUCGAUAUUUCUCUGCAUGGGCAGAAGAUGAUCAUAUGCUUAUACAGAAUGAAUACUGUAAUGGUAAUAUUUUCAUAUCUCGAACCUCAAUCCCAAAUGCUGCCUCUGAAGAAGGAGAUGAAGAUGACUGGGCAUCCAACAAAGUUAUAUUUAAAAUAGGUGAUCUUGGGCAUGUAACAAGGAUCUCCAGUCCACAAGUUGAAGAGGGUGAUAGUCGUUUUCUUGCAAAUGAAGUUUUACAGGAGAAUUAUACCCAUCUACCAAAAGCAGAUAUUUUUGCGCUUGCCCUCACAGUGGUAUGUGCUGCUGGUGCUGAACCUCUUCCCAGAAAUGGAGAUCAAUGGCAUGAAAUCAGACAGGGUAGAUUACCUCGGAUACCACAAGUGCUUUCCCAAGAAUUUACAGAGUUGCUGAAAGUUAUGAUUCAUCCAGAUCCAGAGAGAAGACCUUCAGCAACGGCACUGGUAAAACAUUCAGUGUUGCUAUCCGCUUCUAGAAAGAGUGCAGAGCAGUUACGCAUAGAACUGAAUGCCGAAAAGUUCAAAAAUUCACUUUUACAGAAAGAACUCAAGAAAGCACAGAUGGCAAAAGCUGCAGCUGAGGAAAGAGCGCUCUUCACUGACCGGAUGGCCACUAGGUCCACCACCCAGAGUAAUAGAACAUCUCGGCUUAUUGGAAAGAAAAUGAACCGCUCUGUCAGCCUAACUAUAUACUGAGCUACUCAUUUCCCACCUCCCCCUAUAAACUGUGAUGAGAGGAAGCUAGGUUGGAAUCACUGAUAGAAUUCAGUUUGCAAUUACUUUUCUCAAUUGGUGUCAGUAGUUUUACUGAUUAGGACUUUUAUUGUGAAUUACAGUUGAAAGCUGUAUUUUGACCAUUGCUGUGUUAGGCUUUCAUCUAAUCUUACCAGUCUGUCUUCUGUAGGAUGUGUCACUGUUGGAUGUUACACCAGCCUUUCCAGGGUUAACCACUGUGGUGGUGUGCUGCUUAUAGUUUGCUGUUGCAUUGUAAUAAAAGGUGUCUUUCCCUGUAGUGACCUGUAAAAAGUACUCAAGGGCUUUAUUACAGACAUACUCUCCCUUUGAAAAGGGACUUGCUAAAAGACUCAUUACUACUCAGCCUUCAAUGUACCUGUGUGUCCCUCUUAUAUUUCUUUUUUUUUUUUAAUUGUGAAUUAUACUUGUAUAUCCCACUGGGAGCACUUUGUAGGCAUUGCAUGAACCAUGGGAUGAUAAUUCUGUGGAAGUAUUGCCUUGUGAAUUUGCUGCUAUUUUAGUUUUGUCUUUGCUGUAAACUUGUAGCAUUAAACAAUCAUUGUUGUGAAUAGGUUUUCUUUUCGAAACAAUUAUGUGAAAUGUAUAGCUGGUUUUGAUGAAAAGCAGCUAUUUGCCUUUUUUUUUUUCCAUUGAACUUUGAAGCUAGUGCAUUGGAAAAAUGCACCCUUACCCCUCUUUGGAAUGCUGUAUUAAUGUAGUAUGAUAAUUACUGGUUUUGUAACUUUUUCUGGUAAUGUCCUUCCCUGACUCUUUUAAAAUGUCUUCCCCCAAGUUUUGUACUUGAUUGUAUUGUUAGUCUGUUUUUAAAUGUUUCGCCUGGUUUCUCUUCAAUUAUUUGUGUAUAUAAACUGAUCUUGAUGAUACUGUACAUAGCUGUUUGAAAUGCCAGAAUGACUUCUGACAUUCCAAGUUUUUCACAAAAUAUAUUUUAUCUGUGAUUAGCCAUUUGACUAAUAAUACUGGCUAACAGAUGUUGAAAAAAAUUGUCUAUUGUUUGUCUCAUUAAUUUUGGUCUAAAACAUGUUUGCACUUGUCUUUGACUUGUGUUUUAUUAACAUGGAUUGGCAUAUUAAAAGUCACUCUGAGCUUACCUUAAUUGUCUAAA